AUGACAAUCUUCGGGAAGAAGUUCACCUUGCCUAAGAUGCCUCCUCGGAAAGCCUCUAGCAUGACAAAUUUGAGUCAGUUGGACGCCAGCACGAGGAGCAACGAAUUUGGUUUGGAUUAUGGCAUCGUGAAGGCCCGACUUAGUGGGCGCAAUCUCGUCUUUAAAAAUGGCCGCUGGCGAGUCGAAGAGGAAGGUACUUGGGACGAAAAGGCGAGUAAGGAGGCUGCUCAGUUGAAAAAGGAGAAUCGAAAACUCUACGAAGAAAACAAUCUCCUUAAAGUCAAAGUGGAUUUGCUUCUCAAUAUGUUAGCCGAGGCCACUGCUGAAGCGCAGCUACAGGAAAACGAGAUUGAGGGUCUUCGAAAUCUCGUUAAUCGCAAAUCACUCUUCACUUCCUCUCAACCAAACAUGUUCACUGCAUAA